AUGAUAGCUAAUGAUUUAGCUCAAAUUGCAUCCGGGUACAAAAUUUCGAAGGAAAAGUUGCACAAAGUUAUAGAAGUCGGAGGAAAGGUGGUGGUAACCAAAUUAGUUCCUCUAGAUUUAGAAAAGAUAAAGCUAGGAUGUGUUGAUGAAGGAAAUUUUGAAAUAUUGGAGAUAGACAGUUUGACGGAUGAGGAUUGGAGAAAGCCAAUAGUAGUAUACCUGCAGAGUCCCACAGUAUCUACUGAUCGAAAAACCAGGUUUGGAAUUCCGGAGACAAUCAUAACGGAUCAAGGAUCAAUAUUUACUGGUCGGAAAAUGCAGGAAUUCGCCAAGGACAUGGGUUUCAAAUUAUUAAUGUCAACACCAUAUUAUGCUCAGGCCAGUGGACAAGUUGAAGCUGCCAAUAAGGUAAUCAUUGGUUUGAUUAAAAAACAUGUAGGGAAGGAGCCUAGGAAUUGGCGCAAGACUCUGGACCAGAUUUUAUGGGCAUGUCGUACGUCCCCUAAAGAGGCUACUCAGUCGAUCCCCUUUCGCCUAACUUUUGGCCAUGAUGUUGUUUUGCUAGUAGAAAUUCACCUACAAUCCCUAAGGUUUCAAAGGCAACAUGAACUCCCAAUGGAAUCAUAUUGGAGCAUGAUGUUGGAUGAAUUGUUCGAUCUAGACGAGGAAAGGUUAAAUGCCUUAGAAUUACUAAGGCAACAAAAGAAGAGGAUAGAAGUCUCUUAUAAUAAGAAAAUGAAAGUUAAAAGUUUUACGCCUGGAGAUUUGGUCUGGAAAGUGAUCCUUCAAAUGGAUCGAAAAGAUAGAGCCUUGGGGAAAUGGUCCCAAAAAUGGGAAGACCCUUUCCAAAUUCCGCAGAUUUUUUCUAAUGGUGCCUAUGAGAUCGAAGAGCUCAGUGAAGAUAGAAGGAUUCUAAGAGUAAACGGGAAAUAUUUGAAAAAAUAUAAACCGACAAUCGAAGAAGUAAAAAUAAGAGACGGAUAA